AUGAUAGUUUCAAUACAACUUGUACGCAAACAAAUCAUUCCAACAAUAUUAACAACUCCUCUUCUUGAAAGUGUAUUUACAUCAUUUCAUCGAAAACGAACAGUAAAAAUUCAAAGUAAUCAAGACAUUUCACAUUUUAUUAUUCGAUCAUCAUUACGUUCAAGUUCAAGUACAAUUAAUGCUAUUCUAGAAUUAGAACAUUCACCAUCAGUGAUUUCACUAAAUCAACAUCAUUAUUCAUCAAGUUUACUUUCAGCUAUGACAAUUUCGAAUUCUAAUGAUACAAAGCGAUAUCAUUCUGGAGAAUCAAUUCAAUUUUCACCGACAAAAAUUGAACGACAAGCUCUUCAUUCAUCGAAUAAACAAAUUCAAAUAAUAACAUGCCAAUUAACAUCGAUAUGA